UCUGGUCAGUCAAGUUGUUCACUCACUAACGGGAAUGACAGUGAACGCACCAUGGCUGCUCUCAGGAAUAACAAAACGAAAACAUGAAGCAUUAACUCAGUCGAGUUCGCCACAGGCGAGGUUUGAAAGCAGCGGGAGUUUGUCUGGCUGGAGUUGUGUCCUUUAAAACUUGGUGGAUUUCUUUUCUUUCAUUUUUUUGUAUUCAGUGUUCUGGUUUCACAGACAUGGCUCUGUCCCAGGUCCAGUGCCUCGAUGAUAACCACGUGAACCCACGGACGCACGAGGCCAAGCCGGAGUUUCUGUACAGCGAGGACCAGCGGCUCGCGCUGGAGGCUCUGCUCUGUGAUGGACGCGAGGCGUUCUUUAAAUACCUCGAGGACCGCGGCCUGCGGGGCUUCCUGUCGGACCCGGAGCUGGAAACUCUGGCCGGGGCGGUGGAGCCCCAUGACCCUGACACGGAGCUCCUCCCGCAGAAUGCAGAGGAGGGGGUCUGCGAGGCGCGGCUAUCGCUUCAAUACUGGCCCGAUCUGUCGGACACAUCUGUGCCGCAGCUGGACCUGGGCUGGCCGGACUCCAAAUCUUACCGCGGAGUGACGCGCGCUACUGUUUACACGCAACCGCCGCUGGAUGGUCAGGCGCACAUCAAAGAGAUUGUUAGAAGGACGAUUGCGCAGGCGCAGAAGGUGAUAGCCGUGGUGAUGGACGUCUUCACCGAUGUCGACAUCUUUAGAGAUUUACUCGAUGCUGGUUUCAAGAGGAAGGUUUCUGUUUACAUCCUGCUGGAACGUACAAGGCUACCUCAUUUCCUCUCCAUGUGUCAGAGGGCCAACAUGCAUGCUGGAUACCUCAAGCACCUUCGUGUUCGCUGCGCCGAAGGGGCGGAGUUCUGUACUCGGUCAUGUGCCAAGGUCAAAGGGCAGCUGGGACACAGAUUCAUGUUCAUCGAUGGGGACAAAGCCGUGUCUGGGUCGUACAGUUUCACCUGGAUGGCCUCGCGACUGGACAGAAACCUCAUCACCGUGGUGACUGGCCAGGCAGUGGAUGGCUUCGACCAGCUGUUUCGCUUCCUUUACCUGACCUCCAGCUCCGUUGACCUCCGGCAGGUCACCACGGAGCCAGAACCUGAGCCAGAGCCCGCCCCACUGCCGGCUGCUGUUGCCCCUCCUUCUGCUGCUGAUGUCAGGAAACUGUAUAAUCCCAAAUAUGCACUAGUAGCUGCAGGAAAUCUGAUCUCAUCUACUGCGAAAAACAGCACCAAAGAGCCCAAAGAUGACAAGAAUGCAGAUGUCCUGGAUGGCAAGAAGAUGAGGCGUAGUAAGGACACUAUACAGGAGGCUCCUCCCCUCCACCCUGGACUUAUCAAUUUAGAGAAGGCGUGUUUGAUCUCAUACCUGCCCACUUGGCCAGAGCCUGACCCCCCAAGUGAUGUAAUUGGGUUCAUUAAUAUCCGUGAUGCCAGCAAACCAAACCAGGUCCACCUGCAGAGAUCUGAAAUGUUUGAAACAAGCCAAGCAAUUAGGUUUAGCAGUCCAUUCAGCACGCCUAAGGAAGCACCGCUGGAGGUUGCCCAGCACAAACACGAGAAUGUGAAUAAACCUCAGUCAACACAAAAUGAAACAAAAGCUGUGGAGCCUGUGGUGGACAGUAAUCGUCCAGUAGAACACAGUGCAGAGCCGAGGGAUGUGAAAACUAAAGAAGAAGAUGUGUCUGAACAGAGUCUAGCCACAUCUGUGCCAAACCCAGAACCUGCAAAAGACACAAGUAAGACUCUCAACACAGAGAAUGAACUGCAUUUAAACACAACCACCAAACAAAAUCCAGGCCAAAACAGCACUACAUCCCAUGUCAGUGAACAUACACUGUCUCAGUCCAGCAGCAACUCAUCCACCCCUAGUGCUAGUAGUAGUUCACACACCACACCAACAGUCACUACAAGCAGUCCAAAACUGCAAUCCCCCUCAGGAUCAAUCCCUGAAAAAGAGACAGAAACUAGUUUAAACACACAGAGUUGCCCCGCUUACUCAAACUCAGAGACAGAGGUGACACAGAUAGAUUCACGCACACAGGCUCUUCCCAUGCGGCCACACAGUUCCCCCGAAAUGACUCUUAACAUCCAGACUGACCACAGCCACAUGCACACUUCCUCCGCUUCUCCCGUGCAACCUCAGUCCGUCAGUCCCCCCUCCCUCUCUGAAAAAGACAGCACAGAGCUCUCAAGGACAGAUAUCAGUGAUGGCACUUCUGUGCCCUCCAUCAGCUGCUCCACCCCUGUCCCGCCUCUUAUCUCGUCUACAACUCUAGAUCCUCCCGUCCCUGCAUCCUCCGCCGCCUCAUCUUUGACUAUGAUUGCUCCCAUCCCCAAACCCCGCACUGUCCAGCUGGUUAUCAGAAACGACGGAACCAGUGAAGGCCAGAAGCUGCCAGAGGUCAGUGUCGUCAGGAGACCCGAGAGCCGAGACAGCACGGGGCCACUCAUGGUCGGCAGUGAAACAGAUGCAGCGAAUGUGCUGCAGACACAACCGGAAAAAGAGCCAGAGACUCUCGCACAAGUGCAGGUGAGCGCUGAGGUCAAACCGGGAGCCCUAAAGGACACAGCAAGCGCAGGAAACCCUAAAGGAACAACACACCCACAUCAGAAUGUGACUUCCCAAGAGACAAAGGAUGAUGAAACAGUUAGCACAGCUGUGCCACCACUGUCACCUGCUGCUCCCAAACCACACGGGCAGUCAGAUGUUUUGACUGUUGAUGCACCAAAGGCACAUAGUGAGAAUAAUCAAGAAGUAAUUACAAAAGGUGAAGUUAAAAACAACAGUUUAAUGUCAUCAGACUUCAAAACACCCUCAAAGACAGACAUGGAUAGUGUAGCCACAGUACAGACAGACGCCAAGGCCUUAGAUAAAACCCUACUAGGCUGUGGGUUCACAAAGGAGCCAAAUGAAAAAAGUGAAGCUGUGAUGAGAUGCAAAACAUACCUUGCCAGAGCUCAUGAGCCUCAGAUAAUAUCAUAUUGCGAAGUCAAUUCACCUGUUGUUGACGUGGACGUCCCUGCCAGGACUAAUUCACGCACGUCCAACAACGGUGGCAGUCCGAGUGUCACACCAGCACGUCACGCAGACGACGAGCCAAAUGUAGAGGAACAUAACGGACACGACGGUGUGGCCACUCAAGAAUCUCAAAAGACUCCCAAAGCACAGGGACGCUCAUACACUCCUGAAAGGUCCCGGCGCUUGAAUCUUGUCAACACACACAUGCAUUCCCCGACCACUGAGAAACAUCCACAGCCGCCCUCUCCUCUGGUUCGCACUCCAACACCUGAUGAUUUUAUUCCACGCACGCCUACGCCAGGCUCGCACACGCCAGAUCCACGGAAUCAUACUCUAGACUUCCGAACACCCACGCCAGACAUGAGCGACGGGUACUUCUCGCCCAGGGAAGGCUCCAUUCUAUCUACCACGUCGGAGGAGUAUUACGAAUGCAUGGACUCGCCGACCCAUGACCCUGUAUUUCACCAAAUAGAUUAUCUUUUCCACGGGACGACAGUGGACUGCGAUUGCUUCGCAUGCACGAAUGCGAGUCCACUACACAUAAACACUCAUGCUAGUGAAGCGAGGAAGAGUUUGUCCUCUUCCUCGCUGGAGAAACUGGAAACGGGGUCGACGGAGAUGAGAGCAAAGAAUGAAGAACAAGAGGAUGCAAAGGGGAUUGUGGCAGAUCUUUCCCAGGAGAUAGAGAGGAUAGGCAGCAAUGACAGGAAGACAUUAACAGAUCACUUUAAAGAAGCCAAAGAAUUGGCAGAGAUAUCUGGAAACAACAAGAAGACCCAACACCAAGUUGCUAAAGGAAAACAGUCGGCAGUGGACGAUGGAGGAGUGAGCCCAAGAGAAAUAAUGAAUAAGGCAACAGGUGCGAAGAGAACAGUAGCUGGUGACCUAAUGCCUGACCGAGGGAAACCAGACAAAGAGAAGUUAGUGGAUGAGGCAGCAGUAAGAGCAAGCAGCGUGGAGAGGAGAGUCCAGUCAUCCAGAGAUACUCAAGGACAGAAGUCUCCGGCAGGACAGCUGCACGCCUCUCCGUCGAGGUCUCCUCGCAGACCGCCCUCCAGGCCAACCCCUCCACAGUUGACAGUGGGUGCUGUCGGGUCUGCAAAGCAGAAGCAGGUUGAGGUUUCCCACAGCAGGGAAAGCGUUGUUUCUCCACAGGCUCCCGUGGCGAACAACUGGUCCAAAAUGAGACAUUUGCAGAAUCAGCAGUCUGCCCCAAAUGCCCAGGCCUCUGUUCCACGCACACGCUCAAACGCAGAGUCGCAGCUCUGUCGUCAUUCUCCAAUCCAGGAGGCACCUCCUCAGGAAGAGGGAAAGUCUCCAUUUGCCUUCACUUUAAGCAAACUGUACAACCUCAAAGGUCUGAAGAGCAAGGUAAGCCUCCCACAGAGCAGGAAGCACAGCAGCAGCUCUCCAGCAAAAUGAACAUAACGAGCUAGUUAGUCUGUAUGUCUUCUUACAAAGAAAUAAACAUCACGCCUGGCGUACUUUACUGUAUAUGGUACUGUAACAUAAUAAGUGAGAGAUGGUUAAAAUAAGAAAAUGUGCAAUAUGGAAAUCAUUUGUCCUCUCAGGACAAUUCUGCAUCACCUUGCUUUUGAACUACGACCCUCUGCUUUGGUAUUGUAUGGUGGAGGACACAGUUUAAUGGGACAACGUGUAAUUAUCAAGUACCAAAUGUCAAAUUCAUACCCGAAAUACCAGAAAUCUUUGCAUCAGCCUGUAUUUUGUCCUGUGCCUUAAAUCUCUUUAUGAUCCAAGAUCGUAAAGAUUGUCUUCCAUGCAUAUUUCAUGUUUGCAAUUCGUCCAAGUCCGAAUUAACAGUGUCAACAACAACAACAAACAUGGCCACGGUGAAGGAGGCUGACAGUGUGCUAUACCUCAAACCGCAAACAAUGAGCUGGUUUGUCGACGUCUUUUCUGUCAGUGUUGAAGUAUUGGCUCCACUGCCCGGCCAUGAUGUCUGGUAAUAAUGCUUCUUUUGUCUAAUGUCGUUUCCUGUAUCAGUACUGAAAGGAAGUUCUGUCCGUUUCCAUUUAUGCUUCAUGUAAAUAACGUGAAAUAUCUCUGCAACUUUACAUUACAUGUCAUUUAGCAGAUGCUUUUAUCCAAAGUGACUUACAAUGGACUUGAGUACAAUCAGCCAGGGGUGGAGUCGAACUUGCGACCAUGAUGUCUUUCGCACGCAGGGUACCGGUCUUAACCACUAAGCCACUUCACCCUAAUUUAAAUAAUACAUGGCUGUCUUUUUCAUCAUGUCAUAAUGAAGCAUUUUAAACCAAAAUACUUACAUGUUGCCCUUUCAUGUUGUUUUCCACUGUGUUGUUCAUUAGUGUCUAUGGACAUUUGGACAGAUCUAUAUUAAUAUUCAGUUCUGUUUGUUGCCAGGACUCAAAUUAUAUAAAACAACAGACACAAAUUCAAGAUAAGCUUCUUCCAGUGUGCUGUUACAGGUAAUUCCUUUUCCUCCAAGCAUUUUAACAUUUUGUUAGCGAACAAAUACUGCACAUAAAUGUUCAAAGGGUUAACAUGACAAUACAAUGAAUACAACUUAUAACUGGUUGCGUAGUAUUGUUUACAUGGGUUGAAUGGGAGUCUUUGCCCCCUAUUUAUAUUAAAAACAAGUCAUUUUCCCUCUUCUGUGCAUCUGUAAAUGCUGUAAAAUUGACUGUUAACUGCAACAUUGUUGUUUUUCAUUGUCAGACUAUCUAAUAGUCUGACAAUUGUGUGCUGCACAUUAAAAGAGUAAAGGAC